AUGGAUUGCUCUGAGAAUGGAAAGUUUUACACUCAAACAGGCUCCCAGCAGCACAGGGACAGCAGUGGCUGUCAGGUGAAUGAGGCUGACAGACCUGUCAAACGUCUCAGAAGGAAGAGAAGACUGCUUCUGGAGUCUGACGAUGAUGAUGAAAAUGCAGAUGAGGAUGAGGAGAAGAAUAAAUCAAAUAAUAUGAAAAGCCGCAGAAACACUAAACCAAUAAAACAAGUUGUUCCUGGAAAGAAGAAGGGAUGGAACUGGGUUUCCUACUUAGAAGAGGAACGGAUGCCAGCUGCUCCCCUAAAACUGUUCAGAGAGUAUCAGUCAUUCCCACAAGGCCGAAAUGGAUUUAAAGUUGGAAUGAAAUUGGAAGGGCUGGAUCCUGAACACCCCUCUCGAUUUUGUGUUCUCACAGUGGCUGAGGUACAAGGGUACAGAAUGCGAUUACACUUUGAUGGUUAUCCAGAGUGCUAUGACUUCUGGGUUAAUGCUGAUUCCUCAGACAUCCAUCCUGUUGGCUGGUGUGAAAAAACAAGUCAUAAGCUGCUCCCUCCUAAAGGUUUCAAGGAGGGAGAAUUUAAUUGGACUUCCUACUUGAAGAAUUGCAAAGCUCAAGCAGCUCCAAAAAGCCUUUUUAAGACCCUCGGCACUCCUGUCACACCCUCUGGUUUUCGUCUGGGAAUGAAACUAGAGGCAGUGGACAAGAAGAAUCCAUCUCUGAUGUGUGUCGCAACCAUCAUGGACAUGGUGGAUAACCGCCUGCUAAUUCAUUUUGAUAACUGGGAUGAGAGUUAUGACUACUGGUGUGAAGCUAGCAGCCCGUAUAUUCGUCCUGUUGGCUACUGCCAAGAAACUGGAACCCCACUGACAACACCACCUGGAUACAAGGAUUCCAAAGCUUUCUCAUGGGAGAAAUACUUGGAAGAAACUAAUUCCCAGGCAGCGCCAGCAAGAGCAUUCAAACUGCGCCCUGCUCACGGAUUCCAAGUUAAUAUGAAGUUAGAGGCUGUGGACAGAAGAAAUCCCAUCUUGAUAAGAGUGGCAACAAUAGUUGACAAAGACGACCAUCGCAUUAAGAUACAUUUUGAUGGUUGGGACCGUAACUAUGAUUUCUGGGUCGAUGCAGACAGCCCUGAUGUUCAUCCAGUAGGCUGGUGUGCAAAAACUGGACAUGCUUUGCAAGUCCCUCUAGGUGCUGUUGAUCGAGUGGGGACAGUGGGACAAACGUGUCCUACUCCAGGCUGCCACGGUAUCGGUCAUGUCAGGGGACCACGAUAUGGAACACAUUAUACGUUAGUUGGCUGCCCAUAUUCUGAUGUGAACCUCAACAGAGAAAACUUGUUACAGGACCGCCUGAGCGGGGAGAGACCUUCCCCUAGCAAUAGCAUGCAGAAAGCCAAGAAACUGGAGACUCCUGCUCCAUUUCUGUUAGGAACGGGAGACUCUUCUCAGGAGGACUCUCCACAAUCCAGAAAAUCUGCACAAGACAGUGAAAAGUCGUGUCAAAGCAGUGUUCACAGUCUGUCGGAACAGUCUGAAAACAAUCAAGAGAGAGACUGGGUAGAAGAGGAUUCCUCUGCAGACAUCAAAGCCAAACCAAAACAGCUUGGAUGCUCACAUGCCUAUAUAAAGUUCCAGCUGGUGAAGCAGGAAAGCAAUGGGAAAGACCCUGAUUUGGAUCUCCAGCAGGCCCUCCACCAGUCCAUCUUCAUGCCUUCCCUGGCCUCUAACCCGACCCACCGCCUCCAUCUCUGCUGGGAGCAGCACUGCAAGCUCUUGCCAGAGGUCUCGGGCCUCACGGCCAAACACGUGGCCAAAUGGACUGUGGAAGAGGUGGUAAGCUUUAUCCAGCGUUUACCUGGUUGCAAAGAACAAGCAUCUGUGUUCAGGGAAGAGCAGAUAGAUGGUGAGGCCUUCCUGCUCCUGAACCAGAGCGACAUAGUUAAAAUACUCAGUAUCAAGCUGGGUCCUGCCCUGAAGAUCUACAACGCCAUUCUCAUGUUCAAGUCUGCGGAAGACAACUGAGAAGAGGCCAUUGGCAGAGCCCACGAGGAAUUGACAGGGAACAGAUCCUCGACUGAGAGCAUUACAACAUGCCAAACAGGCAGAUUAGGACUCAGAUGUAUUUUAAGUAGAAUUAUUAAAAAUAUUUUGAGGACAUAAAAAUCCUGCCACAGUCUGGAAUAUGGGGCAGCUUCACUUCCAAGAAGAGGAUAUUAUUAUAUUUUGUAAUUGAAUUUGGUUUUGAUAUAUCAAUCUCUUUUUGAGAUCUAGAAGAAACCUCCGGUUAUAAGGGGAAUCCAGGGUAACAUCGGUGGAGCUGCAAUAGCAAGAAGAAAGCUAUGAGUGAAAUGACUGCUGUGUCCAAUGAUAGUGCCUGAAAGAGAGACUGAGUUAUCACCAGCAUGUUUAAUGUAUUCUGUGUGUAUAAAAACUGAGAAAGGA